AACUAUGGAAAGAAUGGGCAGACGAAUACAAACUAAUUCAAACAAUAGACCCAAUAUGGUAUAAUACAAUCAUGACAAAGAUUACAUCCUCCGAACUAGAGAUUAUAAUCAAAGAAGCACCCAACACAAAGGCUACUAGGCCCUCAAAAAUAUCAAAUGAAAU